AUGUCGAGACGGUCCGCGGUGGUGGGCCGAUUUUCGGUAUUCGGCGUGUUGAUAUUGCUGCAUCUGGUUGCCUAUCUACAUGCUUAUCCGUAUGGUGAUCCGGUUGACGCGUUCAAUUCACAAAGCUGCACUCAGGAAUGCAGCAGCCAGGUCUCCGACUUUCUCUCCUAUCACGAAUGCUGUGGCGAUGACUGCUGUCAUCGAUAUCGUUUCUGGGUUAUCCCGGGGAUGAUUGCGGCUGUUGGAUUCUUUGGAGGUGCAUUCUUUGCCCUCUGUUUCCAAUGUCGA